AUGAAUUUAAACUUUAAGAAACUUUUAAAUAUCGCAGUCCAGAUAGUUGAUACCCAAUCAGAACCUGCAAUUGUCGAAUUAAACGAAUUAAAGCUAAAAGAUAAUUUGUCAAAUAUUCGCAAAAAACUCGAGAAAAGCGGUGAAAUUGAAAUGAACGAUACGUUAUUAUUUGCAAAAAUACGUAGACAGAAUGGUAAUGAUACUGAAUUUGAACUAUUAACUAUAGCAAGAGAGGAAGAAAAUGAAAAGGUUUUAAAUGAUAUUAUAGAAGAAAAGGAAGAUCGUAAAAUUUUUUAUUUGAUGAAACAUCCAAAUUUUGAUCGGAAAGAAGUUGUUGAUAUUGCAGUUGAUAUUGUAGUUCAAAUCGACGACCAGUCAUCAUUAAAUAAAUUGGUCACAUUAAACCCAAAAGAUAAUUUAUCAAAUAUUCGUAAAAAACUCGAAGAGAAUAGUUUAAUUGAAAUGAAUACAUUAAUAUUUGCAAAAAAAUGCGGACAAAAUAAUAAGGUUACGUUGGCUGAAAUAGCGAGAGAAGAUGAAAACAAGAAGGUUUUAAAUAAUAUUAUAGAAAACAGUCCCGACAAUCUAUAUAUAACGUUAACGAAAAAUUCAAACCCUGGUUGGGAAGUUUUUAAUGGAUUGCGUAAAUUAGAUUACGGACGUACUAUGUUUUUUGAUGGAAGAACGGUAACCAAAGAGGCUAAUAGGAGAGCAUUUAUAAUGGGGAAUUGUGAAAUGACUAAAAUCAACGGUGACGGAUAUAGUAAAAGUGAACAUGAAUAUAUAUCAAAAGAAGAUUGUAUGGUGAAGACAAAUUUCUUUUUUAAUAGCGACAUUGGUGUGGAUUUUGUAAAUUUGGGGAUAUCUUGCGAACAAUCACAAAAUAUAAAUUCGAAGUUUGAAACUAAUGUAUCGUAUCGUUACACAGAGUAUCGUAAAGUAUCUUUGAAAUUUGAUAAAGGUUCUUUGAAACCAACUGAAGAAUUUGAGAAAAGGGUGGUAGAUGCCAUAAAUUCUGAAGAUUCUAGAAUUCAAUUUAAGACAAUUAUUGAAGAUUACGGACAAUUCAUUCCAACUGAAGUUAUUUUAGGUGGAAGAGUAUAUUAUGAAGGGAAACAGAUUGCAAGGGAAGAUUCUGAAGAGAAUGAUAAAGAAGGUGUUUUUGCAAGCGCAAUUAAAGCUUCUAAUGUAAAUGUAGGAAUUGGUACCAAGAAUUCAAAUAGAAAAUACAAAUUCGCUGAAGAUAAAUAUACAAUCUUAAUAGGAGGAAAACAACCCAUUGGUGAUUUUGUUGAAACAACUUGGAGUAAAUCUUUGGAAAAUUAUGAAAAUUGGAAUUGCAUAGAAUAUAAAAAUCUCAUUAGUAUUUUUCAACCUUUAUCUGACGAAUUACGUCAAAAUAUAAUUAAAUCUUUAGGAAAAAAAAUUCGUUAUUCAAAUAUUGAGAAUUAUAAUUAUGAAUUUUUGAAAGUAUCAAACAUUUUCAAAAUUAAUACAAUACCAAAAGAUAUUGAAAACAUCUUUCACAAAAGUGAAGAUUAUGGCUUUUUUGCAGCAGUUGUUGACACAAAAAUGGACAAUAAUGUUAUUUUUAACUUUCAAGUAUUUUGCCCAUCAAAAGGAAAUCCAAGAAUUAAAAUUCACUUUUGGAAUACAGAUUCUAUGGAAUUCAAAGAUUCCUUAAACUAUCAAGAGGGUUCUUUGGUCAAUAGAGGUCAUUGUCUUACUUCCGUUAUAAAUGGAGAUGAAUCUAGUUUUUUAAAUGGUUCUCUUGUCAUUGGACAUCAUUUUUUCAACUCUGACCAAAAUAAAAUCGGACUGUACGCAUUUGCUUAUUGUUUAAAAAAUAGACGAUAUGUUAAGCCACCUGAGUUUACUUUUCAUACACUCAUCAUUUCAAAUUAUCCUAAGACUGAUGUCUAUGACAUAUACCGUUUCGAAAAUCAAAGUGGGAUGAGAAAUGCAAUGAGUAGAUUUAGUAAUAAGAUUAAUAGAUCUAAUUCUUCAACAAAGACAAAACCAAAAUAUAUUAGUUUAUAUUGUACAGGAGUAAAUAAUUGUGGUCCAAUUUUUCUGAAACAACAUGCCAAUAAAGUUAAUUAUAAACUGAUUAACUGCGGUUGUAAACAAAAUAAUUCUUGUAUUUGUAGGAAAAAAACAUCGAAAGAAAAUCUGAAUUAUACAAUUUUUGAUCCAAAAUAA